GGCGUCUGACGGUGGAGACGUUAUUGCAGUCGUCACAGUUCAGUGUUCUUAAUCUGUGCGUCCAUGUACACAUAUAUGUCCUUUAUUACACUCUAUUAAAUAGAGUAAACAUCGUUAAUAACUGUUUGCAUCCGGUUAUAUUAGUCUGAGCGCACUUUGAUGCUUCUCGAGCUAGCUUAGCUUGCUAGUUAGCUUAGCUUGUUAGCUGCUAACAAAGAGAGGCGGAAGUGAUCAAAACACAUCGCUAAGCAGAGAUCAAGUGUGAGUGUAAAGUGUUGUGAUUGUGUGAAAAUGUGCGAAAGAACGAUAGCAGAGUACGAGGAGGAACUUUGUCCAACAAAAGAGGAGAAGGAGCGACAACAUCAAAAACAUCAAGUUGUGUUACACAGAACAGACAUCCAUCAGCUGAUUGGACACCAAGAAGAAUGUCUCCCUCAUCUGCAGGGGGACAGUUUCACUUUAGAGGAUCCACAGCCCUCACAUUUUAAAGGGGACAAGGAGGAUCCACAGCCCUCCUAUUUCAAAGAGGAAAAGGAGGGAGAGUGUCCUGUAGGGCAGGAGGAGGCUGAUCUCACCAAGUUUCCACUGACUGUUGUCUCUGUGAAGACUGAAGAGCAUGAAGACAAACCACCUGAGUCCUCACAGCUUCAUCACAGUCCAAACGUCUGUGAAAAAUAUCGUCCACCUGAGCAGCAGGAGGGGUCCUCCAGUAUGGAGCAGAAGAGGUCACAGCACCUCCACGUGAAAGAAGAGGAGCCACAGCCCCCCCACUUUAAAGAUGAAGAAAAACAGCGGCUGUCCCCCCACUUCAUAGAGGAAGACAAGAGACACCUCAUCAGUGUGAAGAGUGAAGGUGAUGAGGUCAAAGGUGAGCGUGAUGAGAAGAGAGAGGCGGAGCCUCCAAGCAGCAGCUCAACUCAACACAUGACAACAGAAGCUGAUGGAGACCACUGUGGAGGAUCACAAGCAGACAAGCUCUUAGCUCCACUAUCAGAUAGUGAGGACACAACGUCACACUCUCCUGACACUGAUGAUGAACACUCUAAAGAUGAUAAGACAUGUCACACUGACAACACACACUUCACAUGUUCUCACUGCGACAAAACCUUUAAAUACCAUUGUCAUCUGAAAGAACAUAUGAGAACACACACUGGAGAGAAACCUUUUUCCUGCUCAGAAUGUGGUAAAGAUUUUAGACUAAAACACAUGCUGAAAGAACACAUGAGAAUACACACUGGAGAAAAACCUUUUUCAUGUUCAUUCUGCGGUAAAGAUUUUACCCGAAGGCACCAUUUGGAAACACACAUGAGAAUGCACACUGGAGAAAAACCUUUUUCAUGUUCAAUCUGCGGUAAAGAUUUUACUCAAAGGCAAUUUUUGAAAACACACAUGAGUAUACACACUGGAGAAAAACCUUUUCCCUGCUCAGAAUGUGGUAAAAGUUUUGUAACAAAUAGUAAUUUAAAAGUACACAUGAGAAUACACACUGGUGAAAAACCUUUUAUAUGUUCAGUAUGUGGUAAAAGUUAUAUAGAAAGACACCAAUUAAAAUUACACAUGACAACGCACUCUGGUGAAAAACCAUACUCCUGUUCAAGCUGCCACAAAAGCUUUCGUUGCCCAAAAUCUUGUACAGUACACAUGAGAACACACUCUGGUGAAAAACCAUACUCCUGUUCAUGCUGCAACAAAAGCUUUGGUCACCUAAACACUCUUACAGUACACAUGAGAACACACACAGGAGAGAAAGUGUGGAGUUGCAGUGUGUGUGGUGAAAGAUUUUCUUAUAAGUACCAGUGUGAGAAACACAAGUGUGCUGGUGAGAACAGCAGCAGCAAAUGAAGAUGCAGGAUUUGAAAUAAACUGUCAAAAGUUUGACUUUGACUUUCUAACAACAUCAGCACAUAUAACAUGUGUGACAUCAUUGUUGUGUGUGUAAGACAAUCUUGUUAAUAUGAUUCUAACAUUUAUAGAUUAGACACUUCAGAUUAGUGCUUUUAUUUCAGUCAAGUACAUGAGUUAAUAUACACAUUUGUGUACUUUAAAAUGAACAGAACAAUUUGACUAAAAAGGUGAGAAUAAACAGUACAUAAAAUAUGUUACAUACAAGAAACAUUUUAUGUGUAGAUAUUCAUAAUUCACUUUUAUACUUAUUCAUAAUAGUGUUUUAUAUAUCUUUUUUGAAAUAAUGAAGUGUUACAUAUUUUAUUUUCUAGUUGUAGAUGAUUUCAUAGAUGAAGUCCUUUAUAUGAUAUACAUAUUUGUUUUACAUUUGUUCAUACCUUUGCUUUUGAGUACACAUAAAUCCCUCUUAGUUCAUAUUUACUGGUUCACAUCUGAAACAUCUUCUGGACCACUUCUGGAAGCAUAUUAUUACUUACUUUAUACAUAAUUUGAGCAGUUGUGUUUUAUACAAGAUCAUUUACCUUUAAAAUGUGUGACUUUAUGAAUCAUUUGUUAGGUCUCUAGAAUCCAUUCUAUUAAUUAUCUUUAUUACUGUCUUUUGUAUUAUGAAUAUUGUUUUGUGAUUGUUUUAUAUGUACGUCCCCAGACCUUUAUGCAAUAAACAAUGUAUGCUUCAGCUGAAGUU